UCAUCAAACUUUUCUCUCCAUCUCCAUUUACUUUGUCUGGUGAAAAAAUGCAGACCUUAAACUCCUCCUGCUUCUGCUUCACCACUUUCUUUCUUGCUAUGUUCUUGACGAUUUCAUUUUCAUCAGCAACGCUUAAGGUUGGGUUCUAUCAAUCAAGCUGCCCUUCUGCAGAGGCUGCCGUGAGAAAAGCUGUGGAUAAGGCUGUGUCCAGGAACCCUGGCAUGGCUGCUGCCCUCAUCAGGAUGCAUUUCCAUGAUUGUUUUGUGAGGGGCUGUGAUGCUUCUGUCCUUUUGGAUUCAACGCCAGGCAGACCAUCAGAGAAGGAGCAUCCUGCUAACAAUCCAAGCUUGAGAGGCUUCGAAGUGAUUGAUCAAGCUAAGGCUGAAAUUGAAGCACAAUGUCCCCGGACAGUCUCAUGUGCAGAUAUCCUUGCAUUUGCUGCUCGUGACAGUGCCUAUAAAGUUGGUGGUAUUAAAUAUGCAGUGCCUUCAGGACGUCGGGAUGGAAGAGUUUCACUGCGAGAUGAGGGGUUCGGGAACCUCCCCCCACCUUUCUUCAACGCCAAGCAACUUGAAGAUAACUUUGCUCGAAAGGGCCUUAACCUUGAUGAAAUGGUCACACUUUCUGGGGCACAUUCCAUUGGCGUGUCACACUGUUCGUCUUUCUCUAAUCGUUUAUUCUCUUUCAACGCAACUCACCUACAAGACCCUUCAUUGGAUCCUGAAUUCGCUAGGCAACUGAGGAAGAGGUGCCCCGCACCUGGAUCCAGCCGUGACCCUACCGUGCCACUCGAUGUUCUUUCACCACACAGGCUAGACAACAAGUACUAUGAAGUUUUGAAAAAUCACCAUGGCUUGUUAACAUCUGAUCAAACUCUUCUAAGCAGUCGUGCAACGGCAAAAAUAGUAAGGGAGAAUGCGAGGCAUGGAAAAGCGUGGGCCAAGAAGUUUACUGCAGCAAUGGUGAAGAUGGGCUAUAUUGAUGUGCUCACAGGGUCAAAGGGUGAGAUCAGGAAGAAUUGCAGGGUUGUGAACUAAAAAUUGUCUGUGUGGCUUAUUAAGGUGGAGUGAUUCUGGAGUUGUCUUAAUUAGUACAGUCUUUUGUCUUUUUUGAAUAUUUUCAGGAUUACGUGUUUCAUUCUGUUAAGUGUAAAACUGUUUGAAAGUCAUCUUUAUUCUUUCAAAGUGUAAAUUUGUAAGUCUUUGAUGUGGAAAUUCUGUCAUGCAUAGAAGAAAUGGAAUAAACUAAUAGUUUGUCAA